GACCAGUGUGAAUACAGAGUGAGGAGCGCAGCAAUAUGAUGGACCUUUUCGAGACCAACAGUUAUCUUUUUAAUGAUUUGCGCUAUCUGGAGGAAGCAGAUCAUGGACCACUACAGCACUUGGAUAUGGCAGGGGUUUCCCCUCUGUACAAUGGCAAUGACAGCCCACUGUCCCAAGCGGGUCACGAUAAUGUCCCGUCCGGUGGGGAGAGCAGCGGAGAGGAGCACGUCCCCGCGCCUCCGGGUCUCCGGGCGCACUGCGAGGGUCAGUGCCUCAUGUGGGCCUGUAAGAUCUGCAAGAGAAAGACGGCUCCCACGGAUAGACGUAAGGCUGCGACCCUCAGGGAGAGGAGGAGGCUUAAGAAGAUCAACGAAGCCUUCGACGCACUGAAGAGGAAGACCGUAGCCAAUCCCAACCAGAGGCUACCCAAAGUGGAGAUUUUACGCAGCGCCAUCAGCUACAUAGAGAGGCUGCAGGAGCUGCUGCAGACGCUGGACGAGCAGGAGAAAACCGGAUCUCCAUGUGACGCAAAAGAAAACAAUGUGGCCGGUGAGUACCACUGGAAGAAAUCCUCUGAGGCUUGGCCAACCUCUGCUGACCAUUCCACUUCAGCAAUGAACCGCAGAGAAGGAGCCAGUGAGUCUUCCGCGUCCUCCAGCCUCCUGCGGCUGUCCUCCAUCGUGGACAGCAUCACCAACGACAGCAGUCAGUGAGGACGUCUCAGAAAACUGAAACAUUAGCAAACUAUCUGACAUUUUCAAUAUGAUCUAUUCUGAUCAUCUGUGAACUAUUUUUGCUAUACUAAACCAUUCUGACUUCUGUUUGUAAGUACUUCAUUUGUACAGGAAGCGCAAAAGAUUUGUACAUAUUUUAUAUUGACAUGAAGUUUAGAUGUAUUUAUUUUGUGUCCAAAGGCUAACCUCGGCUUUAAGGAAGCUGAAAUUCUCUUUAUAUAUUGUACACAGCUGACCAACAAAAUAAAUGACUCAGUUCUACUCUUGCAGUUGUGCAAACCUUGGUAUAUUUAUUUGCAAGGGCAUGCCAGAUUGGUGUUUGCAAUCCAUUGUAUUUUGGAUGGAACAUCUGAUCCUUAUUAGUUACUCAGGACUGAUACUCUAUUAAACCCUCCUUUACCUUCAGAACUGCCUUAAUCCUUCAUGACAUAGAUGCAGUUGGUACUAAGCAGCCCAAAGCAUGCCAAGAAAAUAACCCCCAGACCAUUACACCACCACCAUCACUCUGAACCUUGGAUACAGCUCAGGAGAAAUCAAGACUCAUCAGACCAGGCAACUUUUUCCACUCUUCUCUUAUCCAUUUUUAGCGAUUGC